CGGAGUGAAUGAUGAAGAGCACACCGGGAUGUUUCACUCCAACACAUCAACUAUCAUUCAUCAGUGUUUGUAUCAUAUUUACACAUAUGCCUAAUGUUAGGACGUUUAAAACCAUAACGCUGCGUUGUCUGACCAUUCAGAACUGAAUUUCCCACGGAAAUCUUCUUCAUUUUCCGGUUGGUGAGGGACUUCGUGCCAAAAUGAGCACUGGGAACACAAAGAAAGCCCCAGACGGUGGAUGGGGUUGGACCAUUGUGAUGGCCUCUUUCAUGGGCCAGCUCCUGGCCUAUGGCUCGCCCCAGUCUGUGGGUGUGCUUUACCCCGAGUGGCUCAACACCUUCCAGGACAGCAAAGGCAUGACAGCAUGGGUUGGCUCUCUUGUGUCUGGAGUUGGACUCAUUGCUAGUCCCAUUUGCAGUGCCUGUGUUGUGAACUUUGGGGCCAGACCUGUGACCAUCUUCAGCGGGGUUAUGGUCUCUGGUGGGCUUAUGCUUAGUGCUUUUGCACCCAAUGUUCAGUUUCUCAUAUUCUCCUAUGGGAUAGUUGUUGGACUGGGCUGUGGACUUGUAUAUGCUGCUACUGUAACCAUCACCUGUCAGUAUUUCGACAAGAGACGUGGUCUUGCUCUUGGCAUUGUUACAACAGGUACAAGUAUUGGAGGUUUUCUUUACGCCACUGCACAGAAUGAGUUCAUUGCACUCUUUGGACUUGACGGCUGCCUUUUGCUUAUUGGUUGUUUUGCACUAAACAUCAUCCCGUGUGCUGGACUCAUGAGACCGUUGAAUCUUCCUUCCUACUACCUCAAACAGAGAGCAGCACUGGCCGAGAAGGCAGAGGAAAAGGUCCUUGAAAAGGCCCCUGUUGUGGAGGACCCCAUCAAGAAAAAUCAGUCCGUCACCAACGUGCUGAUCACAGGAGAAACAAAAAAGUCUCCAGCUUAUGAGAAGAGACUCCAUGUAGUGUUGAUGCAGUUCUUGAAGAAGAAACAGAAAGUGUAUUCUGAAUAUUUGCACUCGACAGGAGAACUGCUGAAAAACAGGGUCUUCUCGGCUAUGUGCUUGUCUUUGUUUUUCUACUGUCUGGGAGCGUAUACACCGCUUCUCUUCCUGGAGGAUCUAGCCCAAAGUGAGGGUUUGAUCGAUGGUAUCAGCACCAUCCCUCUGGUCUCAAUCAUGUCCAUUGCGGCUGGAGUGGGGAAGCUUCUGCUGGGCAUCAUGAUGGACAUCCGCUGGAUGAACAGCAUCUUUCUCUACGCCUUCACUCUGCUGGGAACUGGGGUGGCUCUUCUCAUGAUCCCUGUCACCAAGAACUAUGCUGGACUACAGGUCAUCUCAGCAGUGCUGGGAUUUUUUUCCGGUAACUGGUCUGUCGUACCAUACAUGACCACUAAGGUUAUAGGAAUGGAUCGUCUGACAGAGGCAUAUGGGAUAUUGAUGUUCUUCUGUGGAUUUAGUAUAAUGCUUGGACCACCAAUCGCAGGCUGGAUUUAUGACUGGAUGCACUCUUAUGACCUGGCUUUCUACUUCAGUGGAAGCUUUGUGCUGCUGGGAGGAGCUUGUCUUUUCCUGUCCGCUUUGUCUUGCUGGAACAAGAACCAGGAAGAACCCAACACACCAGUUGAAGAAUACACUGAUGAAUUUGAUGCAGUGGCUACUGUGGCCUGAACACAAGACAUACUGCUUUAUAUGUUGACAAAUUAUUGUGUCACACUCUGUAAUUACAUAAAAAGCACAUGUUUGCCUAUAUUAUUAUUUGUAUUAUGGGCUUUUUGCCUUGAUUCAGACAGGAUAGUGAAGAGAUGACAAGAAAUGAUGAGGGGUAUUGAGAAAUAACCCAAGAACUACCAUGCGACACGGCAGAGAAUGUGCAGUGCACUACUCUCUGACGGACACGUAAGUGUACUUUUACAGAGCAUGUUACACUGAAGAAUACUAGCAAAUAAUAUAAGGAUUGUCCACUGCCUUGUUUUAAGAGGCCUCUGCAUACAAACUUAGCUAGAUUUCUUAUACAGAUUUGCUUUAUGUUUACUGUAAAGACACUCUUGUUUUCUCUUAAAUAAUAUAUGGAAAGUGUGUCCAUUGAUAAAUAGUGUUGUUAAAUCUUCAGUACCACGUGUCGCCAAUUUAAGGCCAUGUCUUCACAAACACAUUUUCGUUUGAUUUUACACCUAUUAUCCAUACUGGUACAGCAUUUUUCUCCAGCAAAUAUGAACACCCUGUCUACACCAUGUGAGUCCAUUGACGCAAUGCAACGGCUUGUGGUUGUCUACACUGGACGCAUCGACACGGACAUUCUAAACCGUUCAUUUGUGUUGUUGGAAGCAGUAGCGGCAGUUAAAAAUGGCAUGGGACACCUGUUUACUGUCGGCACACUACGACAUGCUGCAAUGGAUGCUUCCAGUGAAGACAGCAUCAUUGAUUAUAAUGGGUUCUUUUGCUUUUGACAACACUUGUGUCUGGUGUAGACAGGGUGUAAGACUUUCGAAAAAGCAUUCCAUAACCGUAUACUUUGGAAAACAAUUACAAAUGAAAAUGGAUUUGUGUGGAUGUGGCCUCAGAAAAGAAAUCUUUUCAAACAUCUUAAGUUUGAGAAAUGGUUGUUUUACAUUUUUGUAAAGACGUGCAACACUACACUACACUGCCACCAAAUGUAAUCUUUUUUAUCUUUUAAUAAUUUCACAACCUGAAAAUAAUUUUGCAAUAUUUGGGCAGGUGAUAUGUCUGGUGUUGUUGUUGAUGUAUUUAUCUUUUGUUUUUGUAAAAUGCUGUACCUGAUGGGUAAAAUAGUUUUACUUGUUUGUACGGGUCAGGCAAGUACAGUUGUAGACUUAUUGUGCUUUUGUUAAGUUGGACAUACUGUAUUUUUUUGCCUUGUUAUGAAAGAAAUCAGUUGUAGGGCAAACAGUGUAAAGUGAAAGAUUUGAUAAAGUUGUUUUUUCUCCUUGACAGGCAGUAAAUAGUAAACUUAAAACAACAUGCGAUUAAAGAAAUAUGUAUUUGUGAAAAAUUGAUUAUUUGUAAACUGUUUGAAAUACCAGUUUAUUGACAAUUUUUUACACACUUUGUGUAAGAUUGUGUAUGCUUGUAUUUGUACUGCUUUCUGGGUUUUUUUUCAUAGUUAAAUGAACCGUGACAAGAUAUUUUUACUUGAAAUAUGUUUUUAAGAUAUUAAUAUUCUACAGCGUAGGAAGGAUUUGAAAGGUGAGGUGGGACUAGGGUUGCCACCCGUCCCAUAAAAAUACGUGAUUUUCACGUAUUUAAAGAUAAAAUUAUGCGUCCCGUAUUUAAGCUGGUCAUAUGGCAUCAUUGUGAAAUCGUUCCAGAUCGCUAAUUUAACAUUAUAUAUCACAGCAAAGAUUGCAAAAGAAGUGCUGCAUAGGGUGUAAAAUCUCGGUGCUCUUUGGUUGCUUGGGAUAAUUAAGCUAAAAACAAAUUAAUCCAAGGCACUCGAUUUGUGUAGAAAAAAAGGUCACAGUAUGCAAGGCAAACCAUUGGUUUCCAGGCUUAAAUGGUUGCCUUGCAUACUGUGACCAGGUGUUUGCUAUUUGAUUAAUUAACUGCUACUUAAAAAUGUACCUGUGACUUCGUCUGUUACACACACCCUGACGAAGGCUUUAGCCGCAACGCGUAGGUGUAUCUGUCACCAAUUUUAUUGAUAAAGCCAUGAUUUAAUAAAGGCUUUUUAACUUUUUUUCUACACAAAUCGAGUGCCUUGGAUUAAUUUGUUUUUAACAUUAUAUAUGUUGAAAAAUGUUCCUAUGGUGGUAAAGGACUGUCAGAAACGUCCACAAAUGGUGCUAAAACGGUGGAUAUUUAAAAAAUAUAAAUGUUCAUUAAGAUCAAACAAUGUAUGAAUACAAUCACUGAGUCAUAAAGACAAGUACAGGUGAAGGAAGAAAACUGUGGAGGAUGUUGUUAGCUCCCCACCCCCACAUUUAAGUGUCCCUUAUUAUAAAAUGUCAAAAGUGGCAACCCUAGGUGGGACACAUGCAGCCAUGGGUCUUGUGGAAGUUAAAACAAAGGAAGUGUAACUAUGACCUAAAAAUGUAACUAUAAUAGUUGCUACAUCCCUAAAAACAUGUCCUUCAAUGCAAACAUUUUGGUUAUGGCACCUUUAGGUCUAGUUGACCUUUGAACCUGUAAUUUAUGUUUUCAUAUUUUGUUGUUUUAAUUUUUUAUGUGCUUUUGAUUAUUAAAGUAUUGACAAAGAAAAGAUUAUUUGCUUAUUUCAUAAUCUUUUUUUUUUUUUCAACAAAAACCUUGCCAUGACCUAUGUCAUGUACAGCGCAAACAAAUCCAGACCUGUUCGACAAUCAUGAUGUGAGGUGGCCAUGUGUUCUCCAUG